CGACGGCUCUCCCUUAUUGGACGACUGGCUAUAUAGCAGUAUCACAUAUAUGAUGGCUCAGUAGCGCAGCUAUAAAGAAUAGACCGUUUGAUUCCUCUUCGAUUAGACGUAAAUUUGUGCUGUUCGACAUUUCCACAUACCUAUUUGAAAAUCCGCCUUCGAUAUCACGUACUUAAGUCUCGCGGGAAUAGUCGAGCGGCUGCUUUGCGCGCGUGAGGUCUUUGUUCGUCAUUGAACCACUUGUAUCUUUUGUUGUUCCGUCCCGAUGGAACGUGUGCAAACUUAUUAUUUCUCCGUAAUCAAGUGAAGUUGGAGCAUUUUGGAUCACCUGUAAUCACAUACUAAGAGAGAGAGAACUCAAAUUUUUAUUUUAUACAGCACUCUGUAUAAUUAAUAAAGCAGGAAAGAAAUAAAAAGUCAAAAUGCCAGAAACAGAAGAAGAGAUGGGUAUGUCGGUUCGUUUAACAAACGAUGAUUUCCGAAAACUCCUGAUGACUCCAAGGGCAUCGGUACCAUCAGCUACUCCAGCUUCUGUACCGGGUACAGCACGGGAUGCUGGCACAAAGACUGCCCAAACCCCCACAGUCAGUGGAGGUAGUCGGGCUGAAUUGCGUAGGAAAAAGAAGAGUUUCUAUGCAAAAUUGAAAAAACAGGAAGAGGAUAAAAUGGCAGAGUUAGCAGAAAAGUACAGGGAUCGAGCCAGAGAACGCAGAGAUGGCACUAAUCAGGAUUAUCAAGCUGAAGAUCCCAUGAACAGCGCUAGCGCUUACAGAGCUGUUGCGCCAGACCUAAAGUCUGGCAUGGAUGCUGCGGAGCGCAGAAGGCAGAUGAUCCAGCAAUCCAAGUUUUUGGGUGGUGACAUGGAACACACUCAUUUAGUCAAGGGUCUGGAUUAUGCUCUUUUACAAAAAGUACGUAGCGAGAUCGAGGCGAAAGAACAUGAGCAAGAGCAGGAAAUGGAGAAGCUGGUAAAGCCCAAAGAGAAGGUGAAGAAGGAGCCGGAAAAGAAGGACGAUGAGAUGCAAUUUAAAACAAAGAUUGGCCGGAACGUGUAUAAAACUGUCAUGACUAUGAAGUCCAAGCAGAUCGAGAGGAAUGAACUGUUCACACCGGGCCGUAUGGCGUACGUGAUCGAACUGGAUGAUGAGAAUGCCGACGUCGACAUACCAACAACGCUGAUCAGGAGCAAGGCGGAUGUGCCAACCAUUGACAACACGCCCACCCUCACGACCAACGACAUUGUUAUCAAUAAGCUAGCUCAGAUUCUGUCGUAUCUACGUCAAGGUAGUCGGCACAACAAAAAGGGCAAGAAGUCGAAAGACAACGCGCCACGAUCGACCGCACGCGGCGACGAGUUGAAUGACAUGGACAUACAGCCGCGACCUUCGCAGCCGGAUGACAGUAUCUAUGGCGACAUCGGCGACUAUGUGCCAACCGUAGCCAGCAAGAAGGACGGCACACAAUUACGCGAAAAGAAGAAAGGCUCUUCGUACUUUGACAAGCCGCUCGAGCCGAAUUUGGACACCGAUGACAAGACAAAUGCGCCGCAAUUACCACAGAACAAUGCGUUGCCACAACAGAAUGGCAAUGUGGUGGUGAUGGAUAGCAACGCGCCGAAGAAGGGCGCGUUGCUGAACAAGCUGGCCGCCGAACCGGAGGGUUACGCCGAGUGUUAUCCCGGACUGGACGAGAUGCAGGACGCCAUCGACGAUUCCGACGAUGAGGUGGAUUACACAAAGAUGGAUUUGGGCAACAAGAAGGGCCCGAUCGGCCGCUGGGACUUCGAUACGCCCGAGGAAUACAGCGAAUACAUGAAUAACAAAGAGGCGCUACCCAAGGCGGCCUUUCAAUAUGGCGUGAAGAUGGCUGACGGCAGGCGUACUAGAAAAUACAACAAGGAGAAAAAUGAAAAGGCCGAGCUCGAUCGGGAAUGGCAAAAGAUUCAGAAUAUUAUGAACAAGAGGAAACCCUCCACGGCGGCCGAGGGUGCGUCCGAAUUCAAAGUGCCGCGAUAUAUUGAAUUAUUAUAAUUAUUACAUCUUUCGUUUUUAAUUUUGUAUCGCGUAGUAGAGAAGAUCUCAAAGAUUUGCGACAUUUAAAGGCGUCACAAUCUAGAAAUUUCUUUGUAAACUCGUAAGCAAAACCCUGUAAUUUCGUUUUACACAGAAAUAACUAUUUUUUUUGCGAAUGUUCAAAUGAUAUAUUUAUUGCGUGAAAUUAUUUUUAUUCCGGUAAAUUACGUUUCCAGGUCAGAUAUAUAGCAAGUUAGCCGUAUUAUAUGUGCGUGUAUGUUAAUUAUUAUAUGGAGAUCCAAAUAAUGUAUAUGUUGUGUAUAUAUGGACAUAUCAAUCUGUCGGCGAUUAGGAUGCUAAAAGAUGUAAACAAAUUGAGCAGUUCUGCUUGCAAUUUGAGUGAAAGAACGCAGUUGCGCAAUUAGAUAUAAAGAACGACUAAAUAA